CCUUUCUCUUUUGUUCCUCCCAAGAAGACAAUAGCCCAUCAUUAAAUAUUUCUGGGUUUUUCCUCCUAAACAAUCCUCAUUCAUCAAAACCCUCUUUUACGGAUUUGCUUUUUCUUCCUCCAUCUGCAUGUAGAGAAUCCAAUCAAACCAAAAAUAAUGUCUUGGGAACCCAUUCUUUGGCUUAUAUUUUUAGCCAUUAACAUUUCCCUUAUUUCAUUACUCAUCUAUCAGAUCGUUUGCUUAACAGAUUUGGAAGCUGAUUAUAUGAACCCUUAUGAGUCUUCAUCUCGUAUCAACUCUGUUGUCCUUAAAGAGCAUAUUUUACAUGGUGCAUUCUGCAUCCUAUUCCUUGUCACAGGGCAUUGGUUUAUCUUCCUGCUAACACUUCUUCCUGCUUACUAUAAUGUGAGAAAAUUCUUAAGCCGGCAGCAUCUAAUUGACGUGACCGAAGUUUUUAGGUUCAUUGAGUCUGAGAAGAAGAUUCGGAUAUUGAAGCUGGGUUUCUACUUGGUCCUCUUCGUGCUAGUGCUUGUCAGUCUGGUCCUAUCUUUUAUUAAUGCUCUAGUCGAUGAAGAUGAAGCUAUUGAUUUUGGUUCUUUACCAUUGCCGAGCUUCUUUUGAUGUAUAUUUUCCAGUUUUUGGUCGAGAUAACUGAGGUCUGAUCAACCAACAUAGCCCUGGAAAUUCUCUACUUGAACUGUGAGCUAACUUGCUUACUCUUGUUUGUAUUUGGUUAUUUUUUCAGCAAACCGUGUCAGGGUUGACUUUUGGCUGUCUUUUCGUCAUUACAUUAUUCACUAUCUCUUUUUCCGUCAGUUUCAUGCACUCGUGCUUUCAGUUGUGUAGCUCUGGCGGUUGAAUGUCCAUAAGAGCUAUGCGACUUUGUAAAUGUCCUGUAGACUUGUAAUAGAAAACCCUCAUUUUGUCUCCCAGAUUGGAGAUGUGUUGUUUUUGGUUUUGGCUGUCGGUUUUCGUAUAGCAUUGUUUUGCAUGAAGUAGCUAAGUUAGCGCAGAAGGCCCCGGUGUCCUACUGAAAUCCACCUGUAUUUCUGGCUAUUCUGUUAGACAGAAAGAAAUGGUGAGGCAUAUCACCAGGCAGAGUUGUGUUAUGACUAAUGUGUGAUAAAAGACACUAUCAAUUUUGCGGUUCUGUAAAUCCUCA